CCUACACUUGUCUUUAUAUACGAAGACUGAUUUUUCCUUCUACCUCUCAUUCCAAUCCAACGGCGGAGAUCAUACCACUAUUCCAUCACCCAUCCAAUUCAGACGUCUAUGGACGGCAACGAAGGAACACAGAUCUCGGCGUUGCCUGAAGGUUGCAUAUCAAACGUUCUGUCGUUUACAAGUCCUCGCGAUGCCUGCACUUUGUCCACCGUCUCUUCCUUGUUCAAGAAUGCCGCUGAAUCUGACACCGUGUGGGAGAGAUUCUUUCCAAAGGAUUUUCAGUCUAUUAUCGCGCGCGCCGACGAUCAUCAUUCUCUGUUGGCUUCUUCCCCUACUAAAAAGCACCUCUUUCUCAGACUAUGCCAAAACCCUAUCCUCAUCGACGACGGCAAAAAGAGUUUUGCACUUGACAAAUGGACUGGGAAGAAAUGUUAUAUGCUUUCUGCAAGGGACCUUACUAUCGUCUGGAGCGACACUCCGGUUUAUUGGAGAUGGGUAUCCGACCCGGAUUCCAGAUUUGAAGAAGUGGCUGAGCUAAUCGAUGUAUGUUGGCUUGAAAUCCACGGCAAAAUUGAAACCCAAAUGUUGUCCCCAGCGACAAUGUAUACAGCUUACUUAGUGUUCAAAUUAGCAAGAGAAGCUUAUGGGUGGCAUGCGCCGCCUGCAGAGGUCAGUGUAGGACUUGCUGGAAGUGAAAGCACUAAGAGUCGUGUUUGUUUGGACACAGGAAGAGGACGGAGACUCCACUUGCCAAUCGGAUACCCUAAAGAGAGAGAAGAUGGGUGGCUGGAAGUCAAAUUGGGGGAGUUUUUCAACAAGGAAGGGGAGGAUGGGGAACUGGAGAUGAGUUUUCUAGAGGUGAAAGGUGGUCAUUGGAAACGUGGUCUCGUUGUUCAAGGGAUAGAGAUCAGGCCGGCCAGCGAGUAAAUCGUCCGUAGAAUUUUAUUUAAAUUUUCUCUAAUGGGAUGCACUUGUUUGUGUUUUUGUA